AUGGCCUCCCCCGAUGGACGUAAGCUGGGAAGGGCUUGGAGUGUCUUGGACAAAGCUGUCGUAUCCGACCAUUCUACCAAGUACAAACCUGUGCCCUUGCUCGUGAAGCCAAACUACAUCCACCAAGACCUUAUCGAGCCAUUCCAGCAGGAUGCUUACAGAAUUAUCAUCGUGGUUGCGCCGCUGGCCAACAAGCGUCACCAGCUGAUGGUCGGUGUCAAGGCUGCAAAGGGUAAAAUCUUCGCUUUGGUGGACGACGAUGUUUACUGGCACGUUGACACCGUUGUUCCCUACUUUUUGGCUCCGUUCGAAGAUGCAGAAGUUGGCGGCGUUGCCGGUAUACAAAUUGCUGAGAUACCAUCUGAGCGCCAAGAUGCCCGAGUCAUCACGCCCUGGGAAGCAACGGCGACAUUUGACUUGUACCAGUGGAAAAGGUCUCGGGAGGUGCAUUUCGCUGCGGAUGGAGGUUUCUGGUGCCUGUCAGCACGAACCCUUUUCAUCAGGGCCUCUAUCCUCCAAAACCAGAGCCUCGCCAAUGCAUAUACCCAGGAGGUCAUCGGCCGGAGGAUUGUGAACACCGCUGACGAUGUCGUUUUGACGGGGUUGAUAUUUGACCACAGAUGGAAGGUGUCAAUUCAGCACACCGCGGAAGCCGAAGUCACCACCCACAUUCCUCAGGACCACAGGUUUGUCUGGCAGAUACUUCGCUGGGACCGGGGAAACUUUCGCACCUUUCUCGGGUACCUCUUUGCAUUCCCCGGCUAUAGAAAAAUGAUGCAGAGACACCCAUACACGAUGUGGAAGAUGAUUGAGCGCCUCACUCGCCCCAUUUGGGCCACCAUGUACGCAUGGGCUUGGCUUCGGACGUUGUUCACAGCGCCAGGGAUCGCCUACGCAUACAUAGCUUGGAUGGCCUUUGGAUGGGACGGAUGGCUUCCAACAUAUCGGUACUUCCUCAAGCGAUACCCCCUUUGCGGCCGUCAAGUGUGGGCGUUCCUGCUCAUGGAUUACAUUGGCCCCAUUGUGGACAUUCACGUCUACUUGACUAUGAACAACGACAAUCGGCUGACGAGAAUGGCGGACACGAAAAAUAUUGAGGAUUAG